UCUGUCAUUACCAAAAGAUUAAGUUACAGUAAAUAAAUAAUUCAUUCAACAUUAAAAUUAGUUUCCUUGAACAUUUAUUUUGUUGUUUGUGUCUUUCAGUCAUUUGUUUUAGUUAUAUUGUCAUAACCAGCUUAACUAUAAGUGCACAAUGGGAGCUGCACCAACGGAUUGGCAGCUGGAAUGUACGGAGCUGAAACAGAGAGGUGCCUAUUUACUCCAGUCAGGACAAUGGUCCGAUUGCACGUUCUUAGUAGGCACGGAGCCUAACCAGGUAGUUCUUGUUGGUCACAAACUGAUUCUGGCUAUGGCAUCGCCAGUUUUUGAAGCUAUGUUUUAUGGCGGUAUGGCAGAACGAAAUGAAAGUAUACCUAUUGUUGAUGUGCAAAUAGAUGCAUUUAAAGCUUUAUUAGAGUAUAUAUACACAGGUAAUAUAAAUAUCAGUUCCUUUGACAAGGCUUGUGAAUUGUGUUAUGGAGCCAAGAAAUAUAUGCUACCUCAUUUAGUUAAAGAGUGCACAAGGUAUCUCUGGUCGGACUUAUAUCCAAGAAAUGCAUGCAGGGCCUAUGAGUUUGCUCGACUGUUUGAGGAAAAUGUUUUAAUGGAAAAAUGUAUUCAGAUUAUCAGCACAAAUACCAAGGAGGUAUUAAAUGACAGCAGUUUUGAAGAGGUUGAAUUAAAUACAGUAAUCACUGUCUUCUCCUUGGACCAUCUUAAUGUGGACAGUGAGCUGGAUCUAUUCGAAGCAGCUGUAAGAUAUGCAAAAGCUUUAGAAAAGAGAACCGAAAGGAGUGUCAGUCCACCUAGAGAAUGUUCAAAUGAGAACAGGCAAAAAAGCCCCCUUCCAUCGACUUCACAGGAAAAGGAACAGGUAGUUAAUGUUGAUAGCAGUGCUGAGAGUAGUCCAGAGACAGUGAUGGAUACGUGUCGUACAAAUGAUUCAGACACCUCAGCUCCUCCAGUUGAACACAACAAGAAACCUAAAACAGAGCACAAGGAGAAAGUGUCGAUCCGGAGUGCAGUCGAGAAGAUCCGCUUCCUGACGCUGUCGCCGCAGCAGUUCGCGGGCGGCCCGGCGCGCUCGGCGCUGCUCAGCGAGUCGGAGGCCUUCGCCGUGCUCAUGAACAUCCUGUCCACCAGCACCGACGUGCCGCUGCCCGCCGGCUUCUCCGCCUCGCGCGUGCCUCGCAAGCAGCUCAUCGGUGGCGGACCGCCCUGUAACAUGCCGACGUUCACGGUGGACACGCCGAGCCCGGUGGCCGUGGAGCAGGUGUGGUGCGCGCCCGAGCUGUCGCGCCCGCAGCCCUGCGGCACGUACCCGCGACCCUCGCGGCAGGACGGUGUACGAGCUCCGUACUCAAUCCCCAACCCAAUGUCAGGCCUGGUGGUGAUGGAUGAGAUGCACAGCAACAACAUGCACAAGAUUUACUGCCAGCGGGCCAUAGUUCAGCACACGGACUGCCUCAACACCAGUGCGCUCGACUGCUCUGUUACAUUUAUGGUCGAUAAAAACAUCUACGUGCUCGGCGUUCAGGUGCCGACGCAGGCGCCGAGCGAGGAGUCCGGCGGCGCGGGGGGCGCGGGCGGCGCGGGCGGCUACUCCGAGCUGCUGUACGCGCACCUGCUGGACGCCGACGGCGCGCGCCUGUCCUACACGCACUACACCAACCGCGUGCCCUACCGGCACCUGCUCGACAUCAUGUUCAACCGCCGCGUCUACAUCCAGCGGAACAAGGUGUAUAAAGUGGGUAUAGUGUUCAACAAGGUGGGAUGGUAUCCCAUGGGCACGUGCGCGCAGCAGGUCGCCGCCGAAUCCGUGUUCUUCAACUUCGGCAUCGGACACAGCAGCGACUCCGUGCGCGACGGACUCAUACGAUCCAUUAUAUUUACAUACUAGACGGCUGGGCGGAUACAGUACCGGCCCUAGUCCUUGUCAAGGAGAGCGUGGUUAUCUUUUGGCACCUUGGUCUUGGUUUCCCCCAUGUUGGUUCCAUUAUAAGUACUCGUGUCCGCUCAGUAGUCAGAAUUUCAUAAUCAAUAUUGAGAAUUUAGAGAAAACGUAUAUUAUUUCCACAUUUCUAACAUUAUUUAGAAAAUAAAAUCUGUUGACAGUGUUGAAAAAACGGAACUAAAACAGUUCCGAUUAGAUAAUGCCAACAUGAUAAUUGAAUAUAGCUUUGAUCCUUAAAAUCGGAAUCAUGUUUCUUUAUCUCUUUAUCUAAAAAUAAUCUCGUAAAUCACUGAAUCCAGUUCCCGCCGUGCAAUCUUCAUCCUUGUCCUUUGGCGCCGAAAGCGACUGCUCCCUUAGCUUUGCCCUUGGGUAAAAAUAUCAAGUCACGGUUGGCUCUGACGCCGACACUGACUGGAUAUUAUACUUAACAAAUAAACAUCCUCUUUCUCAUUAUGGAAUAAAUAUCACAUUGUGUACUUCAGAAACAAAGUCAUUAAGGUUUGUGUGGCGUUUAAAAACGUUAGAAAAGUCUUUAAUCUAUUCAAUCAAUAAUUACCGAAUGCAACGAACAGAAUCAGCACGAAUUAAAUGUAAUGAAAUCUUUUAUUAAUAUAUGUUGGUUAAUGACCUCGUUACAUGAACACGUUAUAAUUUAAGAGUUGAAAAAAUUGUCAAUGCUUCUCCAUAAGAAUAAAUUAUAUUCUAUUAAAAUGGCCGAAGGAGUAAAGACAAAGAAAGCUCAUAUUUAUUUAUUUCAUUCGUGUUGCCAAUAACUCUGCUAUAUUAUGUUACUACUUAUAUUCACUUUAAUUUUAAUUCUAAAGUUCAUAUAAAACCCAGCACUCAAAAUGCAUUUUUUAGAUUUACUCCUUGUAAAUAAAUAUUUGAAUACAUUUCAUUGGUUAUAUAUGCGUGUAUUUUGUGAAAUUUACGUCAUAAGAUUAAUUUAUUAUUGCGUUCAUUUAAAUUUAAAUCAUAUAGUAUUGUAUACUUCAGAGUGAGUUUUUCUUUUGCUAUUAUUUUAUCAUUAUUUGUGUGUAUGUCAAAUUGAAAGUCCUUAAAGUUUUACUAAUCUUUUAAAUAAUUUAAGGAGUUGUUUUUUUUUUUAUUUGAAAGAACAAUUUACUUUUUCCUCUUAUUCAUUUUUUUAAUAAGGAAAAAAAUGUUCAUAUUUUAUAGAGAAAUAUAGUAAGUAUCAUCCGUCUGUCUGUUACGCUUUACGACUGAAGCACUGAACCGAUUUUGAUGAAAUUUGGUAUGAAGCAAACUCAAGUUUGCUUCCAAGGAAGGACAUACAUUUUUUUUACCUCAUACCUGCCACCUCUCCCUCGCACGCGGGCGAAGCUGUGAGAAGAAAACUAGUAUUAUAUAACUAAAUUAUAGUCUGCAGUCAUUAGUAUAAAUGACUUUUUUUUAUUUGAUGUAAUAGUAAUAAUGUGUAAAAAAAAUAAAAAAAAUUUAUUGUGAACUAUUCUUAGUGUAUUUGACAUAUUAGUGAUAAGACUGUGAAAAACCUGUA